UUUCUGUUUCUAAUGCCCGCCGGCGUAAAAUUUGGCGCUCAAAACCAUAACGUUUGGUGGGGUUUUCACGUUUAUGUUGCUAGGUUUUCCGUCUGUGUUUUGAACACUUUUCCCCUUUAAUCCAUGUUUCUAUGGCUUUUUGAAAGUUGGAAAUCACUCGAUUACUUUUCUUCCCUCUUUGGGUUAAUUCUAUUUGAUUAGUUAUUGGUGUUGCUGCUGCAUUUCGGUUUCGUUUCAAUUUUCUCAUUAGAACUCUUCAUUUGUUUCUUAAAAAUCUUCUGUUCAUCGGGGGUUUAACUUUUUGACGACGCAAUAUUUGACAUUAACCGAACAUUGGGUUUCCAAAUGUUCGCGGAUUUGAUGGGUUUUCAUUGAUGCGUCUGUUUUACGUGUUUGGCUUUGAGGAUUUUAGGUGUGUGAAUGAAUUCUGGAGUUGACUUUGCUUGUCGUGGUGCAAUUUGGUGGGUUUAUGGAAUUGAAAUAGGUUUUUUCUCUUUGGGGUUUAUGCAAUUUGGAAUCUCUACAUAAUUUCCUGAGGAGUUCAUUUCAUAUACAGUUGAAUGACAGCCCUUAUGUUUGUUUCUGUACUGGCCUACUGGGUUACUUUCUUUUGUCCUUUUCUUCUAUGGUGUUUCCUCUAAUAUGAUUGAUUGGUUCCUUUUUUUUUCCCAUCCGCAAAAUCAGAUUGGUUUGCCUUUCUGUUUCUAAUAUUAAAUUGAUGGGACAUUUACUUGUUGUCGUCACAUUUGAUAUUUGAUAUUUGAUAUGAUAUAAUAAUAAUCUAGCUCGAAUUUUCACCCCUUUUUCAAUUGGGUUCUUAGAUUAUGAACUGUAAAAGCCACGUUUCUGCUUGAUGGUUGGUUGCAUUUAUUGCCCAUUCAUUGAAACAGCAUCUAAAAUCUUGUUUUUAGUAUUUUACUGAUUCUAUGGCCUUCGGGAAAGUGAAUCUUCAUUUGUUUGUCCAUUUGUUUAUUUCUUCGCAUGCUCCUAUGUAGGCCCAUGAUGCGUGGUUGCAUAUGGUGGUGUUUCCUCUUUACUGUGUGGCAGUGGUGGCCUUUUGUAUACUCUUUUUAAGCUCUUCUAUGAGUUCUGCCUCUUCAUAACCUGUUUUGUUACACUCUUUUUAGUGUUCUACGUGGUUCCAUCUCUCAGUUUGUAAAGAGGACAUAAGUGCACUUGGGUUUUGAAUCAACCACCAAAACUUGACCAAAUGGAUCUUAAACCAAACCAUAAUUCUCCCAUUCUCUCUGACCCUGCGCCUAUCACCAAGUCUAGGCUUGGUGUACAUUCGAAUAUGUUGCCAUACUCAGCUGCUCCAGGAGUUGGGUUCGCUCCGAAUUUGCUACUAAUCACGAGGAAAAGGACCGGUGUGCUCGAUGACGUUCGAGCAAGCAUCUGGCUAGAUGCAAUGAAAUCUUCAUCUCCUCCUCCUAAUAGGAUAGCCAAGGAUGUUGUCAAUGAGCUUCCAUCGUUUGAUCCAGAUCUUCUCUAUUGCAGUUGGAUGGUUAAGUAUCCAUCAGCACUUGCGUCGUUCGACCAAAUCGUAACUCAGGCGAAAGGUAAAAGAAUAGCAUUGUUUCUGGACUAUGAUGGGACUCUUUCUCCAAUUGUAGACAACCCUGAUUGUGCAUUCAUGUCUGAUGCUAUGCGUGUGGCUGUAAAAGAGGCUGCAAAACAUUUCCCGACUGCUAUAAUUAGUGGAAGAAGUCGUGACAAGGUUUAUGAAUUUAUUGGACUAAAUGAACUCUCCUAUGCUGGUAGUCAUGGAAUGGACAUUAUGGUCUCUGAUAAACACUCAACUAACGAUCAGGGCAAGGAAGUUAUGUUCCAGCCUGCUAGUGAAUUUUUACCCUUGAUUGACGAGGUUUACGAAUCCCUGAUUGAAAUCGCCAAGGGAAUUACUGGAGCAAAAGUUGAAAACAAUAAGUUCUGUGUGUCUGUUCAUUACAGGAACGUAGAUGAUAAGGACUGGAAUGCUCUUGCAAAUCAUGUUUACGACCUUUUGGAAAACUACCCUCGACUGCGCGUUAGUCACGGUCGUAAGGUUUUAGAAGUACGACCUGUGAUUAGCUGGGACAAGGGCAAAGCUGUUACGUUCUUGCUUGAAUCUCUUGGACUAAGCAACUGCGAUGACGUGCUCCCAAUCUACGUCGGAGAUGACCGAACCGACGAAGAUGCCUUCAGGGUUCUGAAAGAAAGAAAUUGUGGUUAUGGCAUAUUAGUCUCUUCAGUGCCAAAGGAAAGCAGUGCAGCCUCAUACUCUUUGAGAGAACCAUCUGAGGUGAUGGAAUUUCUGAAGUCAUUGGUAACAUGGAGGGCGUUGGAAGAGGGAUUGAAUGAAUAGCAGAAAUUGAUAUAAGAAUGGUAUAGAGAUAAGUAUAGGGAAGGAAGGAAGGAGGGGAAGCUGAAGUUGAAGCUGAAGGAGGAGGAGGAGGAGAAGGGGUAUUAUUUUUGGAGCAGAGAAUCACAGAGAAGAGGCAGGAUUUGUGAGAGUUGCCCGUUUGUUGUUCCUCUGCUGAAAGGUGUUCAUUAUUAUUGUGUUGUUGUUCAUCAUUUUGUAAAGUCAAAGAUGGUGCAAUUUAAUUAAUUACUUUACUUUUCCACUGUUUUUGUUGAAGCUGAUGAACAGAAAGGAAUCUUUAUUCUUUUAUCUGUUUUUAGACCCUUACUUUGUAGAUUAUAAUGUUUAAGUCAGCAAUGCAAAUCAUUUGUUUCCUUCUUGCUA